CAUCCGCAGCUCCAGCACCGGCCUCACACCGUCAACUCUGGCUGCAACUUGCUGUACGUGUGGCACGAGGUGACCGGCCUGCUGGCAGACUACCAUCCUGAACACCCUGUGCCAGCAGGCCAGACUUGCUGUACGUGUGGCACGAGGUGACCGGCCUGCUGGCAGGCUACCUAUCCGUGAGCCAUCCUGAACACCCUGUGCCAGCAGGCCAGUUGCUGUGCGUUUGGCACGAGGUGACGGGCCUGCAUGUGGGCCACCUGUCGGUACUGAUUUUCCUACUGCAAUCGGGGGUGCUAUCCGACCAGCGGCUUCGUGAAGGCCUCGCCUACCCGUAUGCGGUCCUCAACACGUGAUUCCAGCAGGCCAGUUGCUGUGCGUGUGGCAGGAGGAGGUGACAGGCCUACCUACAGGUGGGCCACCUAUCGGUACUGAUUUUCCUACUGCCAUCGGGGGUGCUAUCCGACCACCGGCUUGGUGAAGGCCUCGCCUACACGUAUGCGACCCUCGACACCUGGUGCCACCAGGCCAGGACUGCAAGGUGAAGACUGCGCCGGAAUACGGGUACGGGGACCAAGCCUACAUUUUGCCCCAUCCAAUUGCGUUUGCUCUUUUGGCGAGUCAUAGACUUGCUGUAUGUGUGGCACGAGGUGACCGGCCUGCUGGUGGGGUACCUAUCCAUGAGCCUUCCUGAACACCCUGUGCCAGCAGGCCAGAAAACGCAGUUGCUGUGCAUUUGGCAUGAAGUGACGGGCCUGCAGGUGGGCCACCUGUCCGUACUGCUUUCCUACUGCAAUCGGGGGCGCUAUCCGACCAACAGCUUGGUAAAGGCCUCGCCUACCCGUAUGCGAUCCUCAACACGUGAUUCAACAGGCCGGUUGCUGUGCGUGUGGCAGGAGGAGGUGACAGGCCUACAGGUGGGCCACCUGUCGGUACUGAUUUUCCUACUGCCAUCCGGGGUGCUAUCCAACCACCGGCUUGGUGAAGGCCUCGCCUACCCGUAUGCGACCCUCGACACCUGGUGCCACCAGGCCAGGUACCUAUCCGGGUCAAUUAAAGGCCUCUUGAGAAAAGGAAACAAGAAAAGUUGCUGCGCGUGUGGCAGGAGGUGACAGGCCUACAAUUGGGCCUCCUGUCCAUACUGCUUUUCCUACUGAAAUCGGGUGUGCCAUCCGAGCACCGGUUUGGUGAAGGCCUCGCCUACCCGUAUGAUCUCGACACCUGGUGCCACGAGGCCAGAGAAGCCCUGGUCCGAGGAAAAGCGCUUGCUCGGGGAAUCUAAAAUCUCGCGACGUACAGCCGGAGGUACCCGUUGCCGACAUGGGAGGGCCGACUGACGGCAUCACUGACGGCAACAAAGGACUGCAAGGUGAACACUGCGCCGGAAUACGGAUACGGGGACCAAGCCUACAUUAUGCCCCAUCCAAUUGCGUUUGCUCUUUUGGCGAGUCACAGACUUGCUGUGCGUGUGGCACGAGGUGACCGGCCUGCUGGCGCGCCAUCCUGAACACCCUGUGCCAGCAGGCCAGAUAACGCAGCUGAGGACUGCCUUAAUUUUAAUGUUGCUCUGCGUUUGGCACGAGGUGACGGGCCUGCUGGUGGGCCACCUGUCCAUACAGCUUUUCCUACUGCAAUCGGGGGCGCUCUCCGACCAAAGGCUUGGUGAAGGCCUCGCCUACCCGUAUGCGAUCCUCAACACGUGAUUCCAACAGGCCAGUUGCUGUGCGUGUGGCAGGAGGAGGUGACAGGCCUACCUACAGGUGGGCCACCUAUCGGUACUGAUUUUCCUACUGCCAUCGGGGGUGCUAUACGACCACCGGCUUGGUGAAGGCCUCGCCUACACGUAUGCGACUCUCGACACCUGCUGCCACCAGGCCAGGACUGCAAGGUGAAGACUGCGCCGGAAUACGGGUACGGGGACCAAGCCUACAUUUUGCCGCAUCCAAUUGCGUUUGCUCUUUUGGCGAGUCAUAGACUUGCUGUACGUGUGGCACGAGGUGACCGGCCUGCUGGCGCGCCAUCCUGAACACCCUGUGCCAGCAGGCCAGGUACCUAUCCGGGUCAAUUAAAGGCCACUUGAGAAAAGGAAAAAAGAAAGGAAGAGGAAGCCACGGGUGAAGAACGGCAGAGCGGGGAGACGUGGCCGGGACGUGACCGAGUGAAGAAGGCGACCAGGGCGUGGGAGUGGCGGCCGGCAGAGUUCCUGCGUCGAGGCCGCUGCGGGCUCCCACCUGGGCGCGUACCCAGCUUCUUCAAUCGUCUGGCGUUGGCCAGACACACGCUGCUCAUCGUCUGGCGUUGGCCAGUCAAGACCGGCGUCUCCCGCUUCAAACCCAGUCUGCGGCUGGCGAACGCCGAAGGGGCGUCCGGCCGUUGACCUCGACUCGCCCCACGCUUCUGUCCACCCGAGUGAGCGUCUACCGCACCUCUAGCCGUUGGCGUCUGCGUGAGUUCGUCUGUGCCUUGGCUUCCCCGUCUCCGCUACAAGCUCCGCGUCUCGAUGAACGGUGACACUGCGUUUUUCUCUUGUACUUAUCUUCUGUGAACUGUUCGCGUCCGUUAACAUUUUCCUACUCUUGUUAACUUCUUUUCCGCUUGCAUUUUUUGUACUUUUCUCUCUCCUUCGCUAUUCAUAUUUCUGCUGCGUAAAUACAUUGAGUGUUUGGUUUCUGGUGUGCACAAAUGGUCUCGCCCCCUUUCUUGAUGGCGGUUAUGUCAUCAGUUCAAUGUUUACCGAACCUACACGAGAGCGUAUCGAAUAAAUAGCCUCGUGACAAAUGGCGUCCGCUACGACAGGACGAGACCGUUUGUGACACUCUACUGGUGUUCAGAAAUAGAGAGAAAAGAUGAGCAGGGCAGAUUUAGAAGAGUUGGGAAGGCGCAUGGGUCUAGAAGGCGAGGAACUGGUGGCAUGGUGCGAGGAACGCGAGAGGCGGAUUCGCGAAGAGAUGGCUGAGGAAAUGGAGUUCGAACGUGAAAUGAAAAAGAAGGAAAGAGAGCUUGAAGAGCUAAGGCAAAGAACGCAGCAAUUGAGGCUUAAACUGGCGGAGGUCGAAACGAGACAGCGAGAAGGCGGAGAAUGGCGGGAGCAAUUUUCAUACCUGAGCUCCAAAGAGCAGGUACUCGAUGUGUGCUCUGAAGGCAGGGCCUUCACGAGUGAAUCUGUAUCGUUCUGUAGUGGCAGUAUUGCAAACGCCAGCAACCACACUGGUACAGACUCUCUACAAAUAGAGGACAGAGGCGAGGCGGAGAGCGAGGGUGAGACCAACCAAGGUCUAGGGACAGUGCUGAGUAUGGCUUCGCAAAACUUAGCAAAGAAGGAACAGUCGUGUUCCCUGGAAAGCGAUGCAGCUAUGCAAAAUAGUGCGGCAGAAUGCACAUUUAUCGAAGAGGCACAUGGUCCUCGGGACAGCCCUGAUGAAAGGGCAGUAGAUGUUUCUACGGAGUGCGCUUUCGAAGACUUUCGAGCGAUCUUUAGAAAGGACGCCAAGUCUUCAGAUACAGUGAGUGAAAUAAACGGCAUAGCACCGCGCGUGUGCCAUGUCGAGCGUUCUAAGGCGACAGGCGCAGAGUCUUCCUGUGUACCACUGGCAGCAGUGACCGGCGGCACAGGAAUGGUCGAUGACCAUACAUGUAGCUCGCCUCAAAACAGCGCGACGCUUACUUCAGGUCAACGUAGAGAGCGUAGCGUUCCGUGUGAAGAGCAGGGAACGACUACUAAAUCACUGAGAAUGGAAAGUAGAAAGGAGUUGGUUGAAGGAGCAUGCCACCUAGGCAUUAACAGUGAGCUCCAGAAUGGUAGCACAGAUGUUGUGCAGGGUUCCUUAAUUAAGUAA